GCCUCGCGGGCAUCGCGGGCAGCAGCGCCCUGACGAGCAGCAGCGGGAGGAGGCCGCAGAGGCGCCGCCGCCAUGCUGAGCGUGUUCCGCUCCAUCCCCACGCAGAUGGACUACAAGGGCCAAAAAUUAGCAGAACAGAUUUUUCAAGGAAUCAUUCUUGUAUCUGCAGUAAUUGGUUUUAUCUAUGGAUACAUCACUGAACAGUUUGGAUGGACUGUCUACAUAGUUAUGGCUGGAUUUGCUUUAUCAUGUUUGCUGACGCUCCCUCCGUGGCCCAUGUACCGCCGCAACCCCCUCAAGUGGCUGCCUGUGCAGGAGUCGGGCACGGAAGACAAGAAGGCAGCAGACAGAAAGCCAAAGAGACACGCCAAAAGCUAAAAAUUACGGUUCUUCACACUGUUACUUUGUUAAAUUUUGUUAAAUGAAUUUCCACUGGGAGAUAC